UGACUAACCAAAUCACAAACACCUGUUUAAUUUCCCUAAUAUAAGUGUGAGUGAAUGGAGGACCCAUGCCCGCCAGAAAGGGAUUGUUGGCGCCGCAAAACACAUUCCUCGACACUAUCGCCACUCGCUUCGAUGGCACACACAGCAACUUUGUGCUGGGCAACGCGCAGGUCCCUGCAGUGUACCCGAUCGUCUACUGCUCUGAUGGAUUCUGCGAACUCACGGGGUUCGCGCGGGCGCAGAUCAUGCAGAAGGGCUGUGCAUGUAAAUUCCUGCACGGACCUGACACAGCGGACGACCACAAGUCACAGAUCGACAAGGCGUUGGAGUGCAAGACUGAGCUCAAACUCGAGGUUAUAUUCUAUAAGAAAAAUGGUACGCCGUUUUGGUGCCUGUUGGACAUCGUUCCCAUCAAGAAUGAAAAGCGUGAGGUGGUCUUGUUCCUGGCUUCUCACAAAGACAUUACCCACACCAAGAUGGACGACUGCGAAGAUAUGCAAGUGAGCGCAGCGAACGAGCUCCAACCUAAAGACGCCAACGGUAACCUGGACCCCGAGGCACCACCAGCCAACUACGGACGACGUCGUAGCCGAGCAGUGCUCUACCAGCUGUCAGGUCACUACAAACAGGACAAGAUUAAAACCAAACUCAAACUUAACAACACAUUGUUGCAAGCUUCUAACGCACCACUACCUGAGUACAAGACUGCUGCCGUCAAGAAGUCCCGCUUCGUGCUCUCCCACUACGGGGUGUUCAAGAGCUGCUGGGAUUGGCUGAUCCUCAUAGCAACCUUCUAUGUUGCCAUCGUUGUCCCAUACAAUGCCAGCUUCGUCAACACAGAUCGCCCAUCCAUGGUCAGCGAUGUAGUUGUAGAAGCCCUCUUCAUUGUGGAUAUUUUAUUAAACUUCCGAACUACGUUUGUGAACCGCAAGGGUGAGGUUGUAUCUAUCGCUGGUGCAAUCGCUCUCCACUACCUGAAAGGAUGGUUUGUAGUAGAUCUACUAGCUGCGUUACCUUUUGAUCUCCUCUACGCUUCUGAUGUGUACAGCGGAGAGGAGUCAGGCACAGGUCACAUUCAUCUUCUGAAGCUGACCAGGCUACUGAGGCUAGCAAGGCUGCUGCAGAAGAUGGAUCGCUAUUCGCAAUACUCAGCGGCCAUCUUGACACUACUUAUGUUCUCCUUCACACUCGUCGCUCAUUGGCUGGCUUGUAUCUGGUUUGUCAUUGCAGAGAAAGAGCGGUUGAAAAAUGAAAAAGACUGGGACCUUAGCUGGAUUCACACUUUGGCAGAAAAGCUGAAAGUAGACAUUGCUAACGUGAGUCACUCAGAGUCAUACAUCACUGCUCUGUACUUCACCUGCUCCAGCCUGACAAGCGUAGGCUUUGGCAACGUAGCAGCCAACACCAGCCUAGAGAAGAUCUUCAGCAUCAUCACCAUGCUUAUUGGAGCGCUGAUGCAUGCUGUAGUGUUUGGCAACGUCACAGCCAUCAUCCAGCGGAUGUACUCUCGUCGCUCACUCUACCAGACAAAGUGGAGAGAUUUGAAGGACUUUCUCACACUUCAUCAAAUACCAAAGGAGCUAAAACAAAGGAUGCAGGAUUAUUUCCAAACGAUGUGGUCGCUGAACCACGGCAUAGACAUUCACGAGACACUGAAGGAGUUUCCAGAGGAACUGAGAGGUGAUGUUUCGAUGCACCUACAUCGUGAGAUCCUGCAGCUGCCAAUAUUUGAGGCUGCGUCACAAGGCUGCCUCAAACUGCUGUCUCUGCACAUACGCACCAACUUCUGCGCACCGGGGGAGUAUCUGAUACACAAGGGGGAUGCUCUCAGCUCCAUCUACUAUCUCUGCAACGGCUCCAUGGAGGUGGUGCAGAACGAAAUGGUUGUUGCCAUCUUAGGCAAGGGGGACCUAGUGGGCUGUGACAUCAGCAUGUAUCUACAGCCAGGGGAGAACGGAGCCCCCAAGUCCAGCAACCAGGGAGCUUCAGAUGUGGUAGUCAAGUCUAGCUCUGAUGUCAAGGCUCUUACAUACUGUGACCUCAAGUGCAUCAACAUUCAGGGGCUGGUCGAGGUGUUGCGGUUGUAUCCGGAGUAUCAACAAGAGUUUGCUAAUGACAUUCAGCAUGAUCUUACGUAUAACCUGAGGGAAGGAUAUGAAGCUGAGGAGUCAGAGAUGAAUGGAGUGCCAUCACUGACACUUCCUUCCAUCAGUGAAGAUGAUGAGAAUGUACCCGAUGAGGGGGAAACUUCCCCUCUCUCCCCUCCCACCCGCUCUCCCAUGCAUGCUGUCACUGUCAGCCCAAGACAUGCCAAGUUCAACUCAAGGCUUGAAAGACGACUCAUGGAAAAAGAAAUGGGUCGUAACAAUGUUGAUCGGCUGGAUACCCAAGUGAACUUCUUACACCAACAUGUUGCCAACCUCAGUCAAGAGGUGCGCAAUGCCAUCAAUGCCCUGCAAGAGCUGGCCACUACCACUAACACAGUGGCUGCCAACAACCGCUACCCCUUCCCCCUUCCUGCGCACUCGAACCCCAACCUGCAGAGGGUCAAGGGCAGUGAGGUGACACUGCCUCGCAGUUCAUCUCACCCACCUGACAUGUUCUGCUGGGAGGAUGAGACUGACCGAUCGGAGAAUUUCGCCGACGCGGAGACUCAAACUGACAUUCCGUUAGAGUAUAUCAAACAGUUUGUGCUUGAGAACCGAAGUACAGUUAUAUCCUGGCUUGAACCUUUGCCGGAAAUGAGGGUUUGUUUGUUUGGGAACGAUCAAGAAAAGGAUGAAAACCAGUUAUGUAAAGCUCCAAAUUGGUUAACAGAACCACUUCCACCACCUGCGAGUUGGAACACGCAGCAUCAUCGUUUCAGUGCUGGUGAUGUCAUCGAGAGAUCUACUGAAAUGGUCUACCAUCCCCUGCCUUCCUCACGCUCCUUGAAAUUUCAUCCUUAUAGCUGAAUACACCAUGUGAUUCACGUCAUAUCUAUCCAGUAUUAGCCUGUACUUUUGAAGUUGACACUUUUAUAAGACUCAAUUACACAUAAAUAUUUUCAUAUCAUUCCUAUUCCUCGAUAUAAUAUUUGUAAUCAAUGUUAGUUAAGUUUUUUGAUAUACUGUAAAUAUGUACAUAUUCUCUUGUUAGUUUUUAUGUUUGUUGAACAUGUUAAUAUGUUUUAGUAGAAAUUUGUGGUAAAAACCUACUUUAAAAAUACAGUAUUAUUAAUACCAUGACUGUGGAGUUUAAGGAAUAAAACCACAUGAAAACAAAAAUAAAAAAUAGGUAAUUAUUUCCUACUAAGUUUUUAUCAAAUUGAUUCUGAUAAAAAGAUUAUAAUAAUUUGUAAGUAGGCCCAAAGUACCUGUAUGGUAGUUAAAACAACAUAAAAAUUUAGUUGAUAAAUCUUUAUAUCGUUUCAUAUGAAGCCCAUAGCUUUGAAAGCAAUAAUGAAACUGUAAGUUUAGAACAGAAAACAGAGAGUUAUAAUGUCAUAGUUAUGCCAAAUUAUUUUAGAUUGAAAAAGUUCAAGAGGCCGAGUGGUUACUCCUUCUAGCUUAUUGUUCUGACUGUAUUGAGGAGCUUUUACUCACUAUUAUUUUCACUUUAUAUUUUAAAAGUCUUAAAAAUACAUUAUUGAAAAAUAUUUUAGGAGCAGGAACCUUUGUUUUUAUGUCAGAUUAGUGGUAAUGUAGAUUAGUUAAGGUACAUUCCUUAUUUGUGAAAGCUUUUUGUAUAGUUUAUAAAAGUAUUUUGUCAAUGAUUUUUUUGUUACCUUCAAUAGUUUUCAAUGGAUAAUUUACAUUUUCCAAUGCUAUGAAACUAAUGAAAGCUUAAACAUUAAAUCUCUUUGAUUGUGAUAUACAAUUAUGAAAUCUCUAUUCCCCAGGCUUAACAACCUUAAUAUUUCAAUGUGCCAUUUUGUAAAAUUGUAAUAUACUCAUACUUAGCUGUUGUGUCUAAAGAAUCACGUAGUUUCGGCCUAGAAUUGUACAUCUAUUGUAUAUAUUGGUUUUGGUGCUAUUCUGCCAUCAAUGUUUAUAUUUAUCUUCAUAUGUUCCUAAUAACUGCACAUUUUUCCCAAUUGGUACCGUAAGUAUUGUUUGUUGUAAUAUUCUUGCAUAUUAAGGUUUCUCAAUGAGUAUUUUUUUUAACUCUAUAUUAUUGGCUGUGUUAUUUAUUUACUUUUGGAACUUUUUAACAUGUUUUCAUUAGACAGGGAAGUGAAAAACCAGCUCACAUAUGCAGGGGCGUCGCCAGGUUUGGAGCGCCCUGGAGCAGGGAUGGCUCAAGCCGCCCCCCAGUACCGGAGGAUCUGGGCGGAGGGUUGUCAAAAAAAAUAAUGUUUGAAAAAUAAUAACUGUAAACUAGCGUUUUUAUGCAAUCUAGACAUAAUAAUUGUUAAAACAUAAAUUGGUAUUUUAAUUGGGUUUAUUAUAUUUAACCUAUUUCAUUAGAUGUUUGAAAAUAAAAACAUGAAUUCAAAAUUAAUUCUUAGAAAUCUCCUCCAAACAGGAUAGCUUUACCAAGUACAAGUAAACAGCGGGAACUAAGCAAAGGACGUGAAUUUACAAAUGGGGGGUAGAUGUCAGUGACGUUUAAGCACUUAGUUAGAAGAUAAUGACUGUUUGGGCAUUAUCAAAACAAAAGGCAUAAUUGAACAGUACAAACAUAAAUCUUUUCCUACUUUUACAGGAUUUUUUACAUUGUGUAAUAGCUAAAUCGGGUUUUGGCGGGCCUAGCAGCUUUAACUGAACUCUCUGUUCAAAACUUACCAAAUACCUCCCCCUUCCCUUCACUUUCCUUCUGCCCCUACCACGCUUGACAACAACAUAGUAAAAAAAAUCCUAGUGCUUGCCGCCCUGGAGCGACUGCUCCACUCGCUCCACUGUCGCUACGCCACUGCACAUAUGUUUACAAACAUUUCAUAAUCUGAACGGUGAGCACUUUUUCCCAGCCCAUGCCAGGGGUAUAAUAGAUGAUGGGUUUUUACAUCUGUCCCCGGUGCUAGGAAUAUGCUCAACAAGUUCAGCCUGUCAUCUGCUCUGCCUUCUGCCCGCGCAUGAGCACAAGCCUCUUUUGCUACUGUGCAUAUUUUUGUUUGGCUUUUCAUUUGUGUAUCAGAAUGUAAAUAUAAUCAUACGUUGUUGUAUUAAUAGUCAAAGAUAUAAUUCAGAAAAAGAUACACCAGAAUUAUAGAGGACAUAGUUAACUCACCUGAAGUCAUUCUAUAUAAUCCUAUAAUCCAAGCUAAAUGUUUUUUUCUAAAAACAUCAAGGAUUCAAUAGUAAAUUCCAAACACAGUAAAUGUAAUUAAGAAAUUUAUUUAGAUUUAGGUUUAUCUUCUCUUCCCUAAACCAUCACUGCUCUUUUAUUUGUUAUAGUAGGCCUACUGUUUUUGUAUGUAAAAGGCUUAUUAAAAAAUUUAAAUUAGUAAAUUUAAGAGACUUAAUCAAUUAAAUUUGGUUAAUAAUGUAAAGACACCAGACUUGCAUGCUAUGAAAAUAUUGUUUCUUUGGAUGGAUCAUCAAAUAUUCUGUUUGGUAGUUAAAUUUUUAUCAUCAGCUCAUUAU